CAAAUGUGUAACCACUUUGCUCGGGUCGCCCGUGUACCGUUCGAACGUUGUCGCUGCCUUUCUUACGUUACUAAAGACGGGGGGCAGCGUAGACCUGGACUCGUGGAUUAGGAGGAGAGUUGUGGAGACCAAGAAUGAAAUUGGAUAUCUCGUCUUCGGUGACUGCGCUGAGACCAUCAACCGCACGUGAAACCCCAGUUUUUGGACAGUCUCACACAAUUCUGCUGGUGCAGCCGACCAAGCGGCCGGAGGGACGCACCUACGCGGACUAUGAGUCGGUCAACGAGUGCAUGGAAGGAGUGUGCAAGAUCUACGAGGAGCACCUGAAGCGCAUGAACCCCAACAGCCCCUCCAUCACCUACGACAUCAGCCAGCUGUUUGACUUCAUAGAUGACCUGGCUGACCUGAGCUGCCUCGUCUACCGUGCCGACACACAGACUUACCAGCCGUACAACAAGGACUGGAUCAAGGAGAAGAUCUACAUUCUGCUGCGAAGACAGGCACAGCAGGCGUCCGCCAAGUGAAGGGCUUUGUGGGAAGGGGGGAAGUGGGAGGGGGGGGGGUUAGAUGGGGGGCAGAUGGUCGUAGCAGGGCCAGCACUGUGGUGCAAGCAAACGGCACAUGACCCAGAAAAAAAAAUUCAAUCUCGUGUCAUCAACGUGGCGCCAUGCAACUGAGAUUCGAGUGAAGGCUGCGUGUGUGGAAACACGAUCAAUAGUAAAGCUGUUACCAUCAGGCUCGAUGCAAUCUCUAUGUUAAGGUAAGGUCUGUGGAAUCUGGUUGUGUCUAGAUUCCCAUGCAGCUAUUAGGUAAAUGUGUUAAAGCACUGGAUGUCACUCUUUAUAUUACAAUUUUAACUUAUAAAGUACGUUCAGAGGUGCUAUUAAUAUACAGCUGAUGAAAUCUGGUUUCAAAUGAAGUUAUAAUUUGUAAUCUGGGCGCAUGCAAGUGUGUGUGCGGGGAGAAAUGGGGCAGGAGUUCUACUUCUUGUGCAACGAUCCCAGUGAUUGAAGUUUGAUUCCAGACCACGGAUUACAUCAGUGGUGAGUCGUAGCGGAUCCUUUCGUGCACCUCCCCUAGAUCAACUCAGCCUUAAGCUCCUACCUACUGCAGCGUGUGAACAUUCAAACUUUGGAGGAAACUUGUUUGAUAGGGUGCUGGUCACACCACCCCCUCUCUUAAACUCUGCCCACCUUAAUAAACGCUCGCUAACAUGACUUCCAACAGCCUACAUGGCUAAAUGGGUGAUUACUUUGCUGUGUAUGCGAGUGGGUGUGCUUGUUGCAGAUGUACAAUAUUAACACGCUCACGCAAAUUGGCUUUAACAAAAAAUGCAAAACAAUUAACGUGACAUUUUGAGCAUUUGAAUGUGUUAAAAAAUGAUUCUGUUCGGCAAAGGCUGUUACAAUAUGCAGUCAGAUUCCAUAGAUGUAGGUUUAACAUGCAAUCUGAUUUAACUGGGCUCGGCAUUUUAACUUGCGGUCCCACCCGCUGGUGGUGGCUCAGCAUGUAUUGAGAUUGGGUCUGGCUUGUUGCAGCCAAUUAUAUUCCACGCGUCUCGGUCGUUACGUCACGUGGCAUAGGGAGAAGAGCUUGUUUACAAUUGGCUUCCGCGCGCAGGCGUUCAACUUGCGCGCCCAUUUCAUGGCGAUGUUUUUUUUCCUAAAAGACUUGCUAACCCCUCCACUGGGCGUCCGGCAUGGGUUUGCAUCACGGUGCAAGUGCCGUGAAUGAGUUUUUACCCCACUUAAAAACACGUAAGUAACACGGACAUGCGCACGCACACAAAAUCGGAUGUGCGCAAAAACUCUGACACACAGUUGCGUAGAUACCCUUUUGACUGUCAUGGGGGACGUAGUGUAGCUCUGUACAUAUGGGAUGGGGGGACCACUGGGCCCUUAGGGGGAUGCUUUAACACUUACCCAGUAGGGGUGGUGACUUUUUUGUGGGUUCCUAUUUAGAAAGGUUCUAGGCAUUGGCAGGAGUUGCGUGCAGCGUGUAUCUGGCACCGAAGCCAUUUCCAUUGAGCUGUCACUUUCAAUCAAACAAAGUGUUAAUAAAAAAUGCGUGGCAGUUUGGCCUUGCAAAGCAUCUGCGGUUUUUACACAAAGUUCACGCGGCACCUGUCCCGGAGUCGGAAUCCUCAGGUUUGUCUUUAAUAUACAGAUCCCAUAAGGCCGUGCUUACGAUCAACUUGCAACUGGACUUGAUUUUAACAUCCGGUCAGAUUCCAGUGAGGCUUUUUUUUUUUACACGGGAUUGGCUUUCACCGAUCUAAGUCUGACAUUGCAGUAUGGCGAUUCUGUUCACGGUGUGUCACUGGCAUCCAAUUGGAGUGCACACAACUUGGGUUUAACACGGAGUCGCGUUACACCCCACCCACUUGCAUCUCGUGUAUUCUUCUCGCUCAACCCAUAGGUCCGAUGCCCAUUGUCCAGAGCGGGGGGGGGGGGGGAGAUGGACCUUGAGUAUGUCCAUUUGACACAUUAAUUGAAAUUGGUUUUCGAUCUCCGUUUUGGUGGAAUGUCGGCAAGUUGUGUUCAAACGUUGUUCUUGAAGCCGGCGGCCCCCCUCCUGUUAGAUCCGGCACGGUGGUGAGAGUGGUGUGGCGGUGGGGAUUUACAGCGGUAAAGCCACCACGCUCUUAAGAUCGCUUUGCGGUUUUGGACAGGCGCGUUCAUACAUCACUGUGGUUUGUGGUGGAUGUUAGCAACAAUGGGAGGGAUUGCUUUCCGGUGUAUCAUUUGGGAGGGGGUCUCAUGUUUGUUACCCCACCUGUUGUGUUGAGGCAGUGGUUGAGCAGCAAGCUUGUAAAUCACACCUACCGUAAGCGCCACCACCUUGUCGAAUUCAGGAGGGGGGGGGGGGGUGGGACUAUGGUUCACGUGGGAGCACGCAAGCCUGCAAUUAGUGUUAAUGGUUUUCCCAAGUUUAUAUCUAAAUUGCUACUCUAGUUACUGUUUUUAGUGGCCCAUUUGUUUUAAUUUUGUUUUUCUCAGCCACACGUGUUGCAGGAAGAACGGCGCGACGCAUCAAACUUUUGUUUAAAUUCCAAGCCGCAUUGUUUCUGCGGUUACUGUCAAAGUCUUUGCUAAAAUUCUGUCUUUUUGUGAAAUACAAAUUGUUGAGGGCACCAGUGAAGGCUGUCCACCCAAUUGAGCCCAACAACAAAUGUGUUGCUGGCAAAAAUUUAAUAAAAAUUUAAAGUUUGAAACCCCCUUCAUAAUAAAGCAGAUUUUAUGAACAUUA